UUCCCGGCCUUCCCAAUCCAAUAAUUUAGUUCCCCUCUCUCUCUAGUCAACAUUGCAACUCUCUCUCUCUCUGCCAUCUCUUCGCUCCAUCGGCGCCGGCGGUUCAUCCAUUUAUCCGGCGGAAUUCGCAAGCGCCGACAUGGUGGGGAGCUUCUGCGGGGGCAAGUGGUCGGGGGCGCUGCGGAGCUUGGUGCGGAGGAAGCAGGUCGAUUCCGUCCACGCGCGUCGCGAGGGCCAUCAUCAGCAGCUGGCCCGGCGAUUGUCCGUCUUCGACCUCGUCGCCAUCGGAGUCGGGGCGACCGUCGGGGCCGGGGUGUAUAUUCUCGUCGGGACGGUGGCUAGAGAAUACACCGGACCUGCUCUCACCAUCUCCUUCCUGAUCGCCGGAGUAGCUGCCGCGCUCUCCGCGUUCUGCUACGCGGAGCUCGCCUGUCGAUGUCCGUCCGCCGGCAGCGCCUAUCACUACACGUACAUAUGCGUCGGCGAGGGUGUUGCUUGGAUGAUUGGCUGGUCACUGAUCCUGGAAUACACAAUCGGCGGUUCAGCUGUUGCCCGGGGUAUCUCCCCAAAUCUGGCCUUGUUUUUUGGAGGAGAAGGCAAGUUGCCCUCUUUCUUGGCUCGUCAUACUAUUCCUGGGAUUGGGAUUGUAGUUGAUCCUUGUGCAGCUGCCUUAGUUGUUACAGUGACAGUGCUUUUGUGCAUAGGCAUCAAGGAGAGUUCAAUGGUGCAAACCAUCGUUACGACAAUAAAUGUCUCUGCCAUGAUUUUCAUAAUCGCAGCUGGUGGAUAUAUAGGUUUCAAAACUGGAUGGGUAGGCUAUGAACUUCCGAACGGGUACUUUCCUUAUGGGGUCACUGGAAUGCUUGGUGGGUCUGCAGUUGUAUUCUUUUCAUACAUUGGCUUUGAUUCAGUUACCAGUACAGCGGAGGAGGUGAAAAAUCCUCAACGAGAUCUGCCCGUGGGUAUAGGAGUGGCAUUGUCUAUAUGUUGCAUAUUAUACAUGCUUGUGUCCGUUGUAAUUGUUGGCUUGGUACCAUACUAUGCAUUAGAUCCAGACACCCCGAUUUCCUCAACAUUUGCUCACUAUGGGAUGCAAUGGGCAGUAUAUAUACUAACCACUGGAGCAAUCAUGGCUCUAUGCUCGAGUUUGAUGGGUUCAAUUCUCCCUCAGCCUCGAAUCUUGAUGGCAAUGGCUAGGGAUGGACUGUUGCCAUCAUUCUUUGGAAAUAUAAACAGACACACUCAAGUUCCAGUAAAUAGCACAGUGAUGACUGGCGUUCUGGCUGCAGCCUUAGCAUUCUUCAUGGAUGUCUCACAGUUGGCUGGGAUGGUUAGUGUGGGAACCCUUCUUGCUUUCACCACUGUUGCAGUUUCUGUCCUGAUUAUCAGGUAUGUUCCACCAGAUGAAGUUCCUCUUACAUCAGGACUCCAGGAGUCCAUUGGUUCAGUAUCUUCACAGUUUGAUAAUGACCUCAAGGGAACUGCUUCCAUGGAUAUUGGAUAUUCUGUUGUCUCAUCCAAGGAGGAUAAUCAGCUGUUGAUUGAGACAAGUGAGUCCUCAAUUGAAGAAGAUAUCAUGCAAAAACCUGUGAUUAAAGAUGAUAAUGAAGAAGGGAGGCGGAAGAUAGCUGCCUGGAGUAUAGCUUUUGUAUGUGUAGGAAUUCUUAUAGUCGCAUCUGCUGCUUCGGUUGAAGGCCUUUCAAGUGUGGUUCGAUUGAUAUUAUGUGGAUUGGCUGGAGUUGCUGUCUUAGGCAGUUUGGUUGUGCUGGCGUACAUAGAACAAGAUAAUGCAAGGCAUGACUUUGGACAUGCAGGAGGGUUCCAGUGUCCGUUCGUCCCUUUCUUGCCUGUUGCCUGUAUUCUUAUCAACACCUACCUAUUAGUUAAUCUUGGGUUGGGAACAUGGUUCCGUGUCUCGAUAUGGAUGUUGAUUGGAGCUCUAGUCUACAUUUUCUAUGGCCGGAGUCACAGCUUAUUGAAAGGCGCAGUCUAUGUUCCUGCAGCAUAUACUCAAUAGAUUUAUCAAGCUCCAUCCAAUCGUCAAGCAUAGUUCCUGCAAAGAUUUACUCGCAAGCCCCAUGAUUUAUUCAACUCAUUGUACUCUAUUUGGCAAUAAUAGGGACGCAUGGAGAGGAUAAAAUGAAUUUCCUCCCUCCCCUUUCUUACAUUAAGUCUUCAGGGGAAUCUGAAGGUCUCGCUCCUUUGUUGUAAAGACAGUACAAUCAUACAACAUCCCUUGUAUCAAUUCUCAGCAACACCCAAUAAAGAUAUGUUUCAUAA